GGCCAUUUGAGAACAUUGUGACGUCCUGGCCGACGUUGGGAGCCGUUCGUGGAGACCUCAGGCCAGGGAAGGCGAGAUCCCGCGACUCUGCUCAUUCUCGCCUCGAGGUCUAAAUGAACGUCGAAGAGAGGGAAGGUGGGCCGAAGGCUCACCGUCGACAGCACCAACUCCCCUUCUCUCGUCCUUUGCGGCUUGGCCUUUGGAUAAGCGUUUUGUAAGCCAAGUGUUUUAGGAAGAAGAUCAUUUUACUGAUUUUGUUCCCGAGCUGACCAGGUCUUACUUUGUGAAGGUUGUGCUGCUGGGGUGUCCAAGAAAAGAGGAAAACUGUUCCUGCAGCAAAAUAAUGAUGGUAGAUCUGAAGGUGGCUGACUGUUUGAACCCUCAGAUCAAAGUUCUGUCAGAAAGCAAGGGGCCUGUGAUAGAGAGUUCCAGUCACAGUAAGAAAUGUACUGCACAAAUGGACAAUCCCAGUCCUGAAAGCUGUCGCCAGCACUUCCGGAAUUUCUGCUAUCAUGAAGCAUCAGGACCCCGUGAAAUUGUUGGACAACUUCAGGAAUUAUGCCGCCGGUGGCUCAGGCCAGAGCUCCACUCAAAAGACCAGAUCUUGGAACUGCUUGUGCUGGAACAGUUUGUGACCAUUCUACCCAGGGACACCCAGAGCCGGAUAAGGAAGGACCAUCUACAGAGCAUUGAGGAGGCUGUGGCCCUGGUAGAGCACUUGCAGAGGGAAUCUGGUCACGUGAGGAAUGGGGUUGCAGUCCAAGAUCUGGGAAAGGAGGCAGUGCUCUUGGGAGAAACAGCAGAAUCUCAGCCAGUGGGCAUGGCCCAGGAUGAAGAAUUCUGGAAAACAUACCAGGGUCUGCAAGAACAGCUGAGCAGGAGUACUCAUACAGGAACUGAGCCUGUAUGUGAGAUGGCUGUGCCUGCUUACCAGAUCCUAGCCUUUCCUGGGCGGACAAACACUAAAGACUGGACGGUGGCACCCGAGCUCGUCUUGCCUGAGUCCCAGAGCUUGUUGACAUUUGAAGAAGUGGCCAUGUAUUUUUCCCAGGAGGAAUGGGAGUUACUGGAUCCCACUCAGAAGGCCCUCUACAAUGAUGUAAUGCGGGAAAACUAUGAGACUGUCAUCUCUCUAGCUGUGCCUGCUCACCAGAUCCUAGCCUUUCCUGAGCAGAUAAACACCAAAGACUGGACAGUGGCACCUCAGCUCGUCUUGCCUGAGUCCCAGAGCUUGUUGACAUUUGAAGAAGUGGCCAUGUAUUUUUCCCAGGAGGAAUGGGAGUUACUGGAUCCCACUCAGAAGGCCCUCUACAAUGAUGUAAUGCGGGAAAACUAUGAGACUGUCAUCUCUCUAGCCUUAUUUGUGCUCCCCAAACCUAAAGUGAUCUCCUACCUAGAGCAUGGGGAAGAGCCAUGGGUUCAAGGGUCCUUGGAGUUCAAGAACAGUCCUGGAGAGCUGCCUUCAGAGUUAAAGGUCAAAACUGACACUGAAAACCAUCAGCCUGUGUGUCUUUCUGACUUAGAAAUACAAGCGCCAGGAGACAUAGUAUCGAAAAAGACCCGGGUGAAAGUUCCCCAGAAAACAACAGGCAAAGAAAAUCAUGGUGAUACACAGAAGAUGGAGAAAUGGCAAAGAGAUUUUCCCGUGAAGAAAAGAAAGAAACUUUCAACAUGGAAACAAGAGCUGCUAAAACUUAUGGAUCUCCACAAGAAAGCUCGUGCUGGAGAGAAGCCAUUUAAAUGCCAGGAAUGUGGGAAAAGCUUCAAGGUUAGCUCUGACCUCAUUAAGCACCAAAGAAUUCACACUGAAGAGAAACCAUAUAAGUGUCAGCAGUGUGAUAAGAGGUUUAGAUGGAGUUCAGAUCUUAAUAAGCACUUAACAACACACCAAGGAAUAAAACCGUACAAGUGUUCCUGGUGUGGGAAAAGCUUCAGUCAAAAUACAAAUUUACAUACACACCAAAGAACGCACACUGGAGAGAAGCCCUUUACAUGUCACGAGUGUGGGAAAAAAUUCAGUCAGAACUCCCACCUUAUCAAACAUCGGAGAACCCACACAGGCGAGCAGCCAUACACUUGUAGCGUAUGCAGGAGAAACUUUAGCAGGAGGUCAAGCCUUCUUAGACACCAGAAACUCCACCGCUGAAUGGACGUUUGUCCAGUGUCCUCAUUCUGAAGAAGUUCGCCAAGUGGAGGUUGACCCUGAGAUUUAUUAAAAAUAUAUGAAAUUAUGAAGCAUGAAUAAUUCUUCAUCAGUGGAAAAUUUGGUGAUAUGAACGUGUUUCACAGGAAUCAAGGUUGACUGCAGGGAUCUCUGUAAGUAGUUUUAUACUACUUACAUUUUUACACGUAGCCUUUGGGGAAUUCCUUAGCAAGAAAGGUGUUGCAGGAACAUUCUCAGUAAGGGAACCAUUUUUGUAGUUGAACCUGACGAAAUAGCAAACUCAGCUUUAAAUGGAGAUGCGUACAUGACUCAGUCUUCUGUGACCAGAGAGGGUAGAUACUGUUGGUUUUGCAUUGAAUUCCCAGCCACUUUUAAACACAGUGGUAGAAACAUUUGUAGCAUGGUCUUCCAAAAGAAAAAGCAAUAACCUGCAUAUUAAUUGGAUACCAUUGCCUUUAAGGUUGUAAGCUUCCCAAUUUCAAGAGUCCUAUGACACAAAAAUGAGUUCUCUUGUCAAAUUUUCCAAGAACCAAGUUGGAUUUUCUUCCCCUCCCUUGUCAUUGGACAGUGUUCCCAACGUUGGACAUACUUAAGUUUAUUCUUGAACAUUUUAGGAACUUUAGCUCUUGAAUCCUUUUAGCACCAUUUUUACUGUGAUGAAAUACUGUUUACUUCAGCACUAGGGAAUUUGCCAGAUAAAUAAUGCACUAUCUUGUACCUCAUUGGUGGUGUUUGAAAAAGAUAAACAUCUUUAAUGAGAUCAUACGGAAACGGGUUGGAAUGUUUAGCCAUGGAGUACAUGUAAAAAAAGAACUUUCUGCAAUAAAAGAGACUAGUCCUUUUCUUAUAAUCUCAUAUGAUAAAACAUUAAAGAUAGCACUUUCUGGAGUGCUAUAAGAAAGUUAAUGGAAGUUCAGGAUGAACUUCUCACGUUUUUAUUUGCUUUUCCUUUGGCUUUGUUUAUUUUUAAGAACAAGGGCAGAGUUAUGUUGAGGAACUGGAGCUGUGCUGCAGGCAGGAUGUUCACUGGGCGUGCCAGAAGGUUGGGUUCCCAGGAACAAAGUUUGGGAAUUGGUGCUGAGUGGUGGACAAGGACAGGUGAAUCUGCGUUCACCUUGGUUGUCUUACACUGUAAACCGGUGUGAAGCUGGCAGGGUCUCCCUGUGUCUGUUUUGUACACAGCAUGUAACAACAGCCUUCGGGGGUGAACGGUAGAUGGCAGAACCCCUCUGUGGGCUGUGGAUCUUCUUACUGUCUACAGCAGUGACUCCCAUGUGCUCCUGGUAGAGCUUUUAGGUGGUGUCAGGAAGGGGGUUAAAUGAGCUCCCGAACACCUCACAAACAAUGAAAUUAAGGCUCUGAUGCAGGGACUUGUUCAAGACCCUGUUGCUCUGGGUCCGCUGGCUGUCAGCUGCAUCAGGGAGGCCCGAAGGCAGGAUGAGCAGGAUGUGCAUGUUCUCCCUGCAGGGCUGGGCUGGAUGACAUUGUGCUGUGUCUACUGAGUUCUGAAACGUUCUUAUGGCUUGAUUGGUUCCCGAAACACGCAUUGGGUUCCCUUUCCCCUGCUCCCCAGUGAUAUGCUGGGCAGACUGACCGCAGGGGGGAAGCACUUGUGUUUAUGGCUGUUUUCAGCUCCUUAGGAGUCGAGCAUGGCUGGUGGUGAUAAUGCUCCAUUGGUUUGGUCCUUGGCUUCAAUACAUUACAGUGUAAGUCGCCUGAGCUGUGGGUCCGGUGCUCUCGGCAGGAUUUUGUUUUCUUGCCCAAGAUGAACUACGCCAAGUCUUCCUUAGGCACAGCCAGCUCUGAAGCUCUCGUCUGCAUAGCUGUUACCCAUGGCCUCGUCCUCAGGCUUUGGGUACCCUGUCUCAUCCCAGGCCAUGUGCGGACAUCUUCCUGGUGCUACAUUUGUUUCGUCUCAGGGGGGCCUCUUAGGUGCCCAGGCACUGUUUGGUCUAGACUGGGAAUGCAGUAGUGGACAAAAGAGCCAAAGACAUGCGCUCGCAGGACUUGUAUUCUCGUGAAGAGUGUGGAGAAGAGUGGCGAUAGUUUGCUGCCUCUUGCAGUUAGGGUCAUGAGAUGGUUGUGGGUGAUGGGUUGUGGGAAGCCCCACUUCUGGGCUGAAGCCUUUCUUUGUUGGUGCAAAACUUGAUAGUGUUCUUUCUACAGAGACAGGGGCCGCAAGGUCAGAAUAGUCUGGAGUGCUGAGGCCCCCACGUGGAGAGCAGUUGUCCAGGAGAGUCCCCCAGACCUGUGACGGACUUUACAGGACUGAGAAAUUUCUGUUAAACUAUAGAGAUGUUGGUAUCGUGUAUUUCCGCAGCUUAACCUGGCCGUACGUCGAGACGCUGUUCUACUAGAGCUCUGGAAACUUUUCUGGGUCGGUCCAUGUGGACUUUGGCCCUCAGAAGGGGUCUGCCUUCCUGUAGAUGCUGCACUGAGCUCAUGUAACACUGAUAGGCACACUGAGGAGCCUACAAGAUGAGGUGAUAGGAAAGGACUGAUUUUUUACCUGAGACAAGCCCCGCUUGGUCAGUUUUUCAGGUGGACAAAGCAACCAUCCGCCGCUCUCUGGCUUUGUUCCCCUUCCCUUGCUCUCUGUUCCUUUGUGCUCUGCUGCUUUUGUGCAUAAAGAUGUGUUUCUGUUGAUAGUGGGCUCCAGAGAGGGAAGGGGUUGCCUUUCAUUCCUGUUGUGAGUGUAGUAGACUUAGCAAUCGUGUGGUGACUACCUCCUCGCACCUUCUGUGAGUUGGCCUCAGAAAACACAGGACAUAGGGCAGAAGCAGAUUUGUCCUGAUUGAUGUAGAGAGGAAGGGGACUGCCCUCUUGGACUAGAGGAAGGUCAUGCAGGAAAGCAGGAGCAAGAAAUUGCAGCUGAGGAGUGAGAAGCCUCUGUCGGUUUUGUCUCCAUAGCCAAGAACCAGUAGUACAACGUUCACCAGUCAUGCUUGGGAUUUGGGGUGGACAUGUGGACACGGGAAGGAAGAGUUUCUGUAGGCUUGUCACAGGGAUGAGAGAUUACCAAAAAAGCAACAUAGAAUCAAAAUCUAUCUCGAUUUAUUUUCUGUUAAAGAUUUUAUUAUUUCAGAGAGAGAUUGCGGGAGCACAAGCAUGAGCGGGGGCAGGGACAGAGGGAGAAGCAGACUGCCUGCCGAGCGGGGAGCCGAUGUGGGGAUGGAUGCCAGGACCGGCUCAAGCAGAAGUUAGAUGCUUAACCUACAGAGCCACCCAGGCGCCCCUGUUUAGGCUUGGUUUAAAGAUGAAGUGCAACACACAACCUUCAGUUUAGCCUGAAACGUUAGUAUUAAUGUUCUUGGCAAUGCCUUUUAUAGCCAAAGGAUUCUAGGACAAACCAGGAAUUGCUUCGUUUCAGGUGGUUCAGAUAACAGCUUUACAGUGGCUCCACGCUUGGUUCUAAGAACAGAACAGGGACCAGUGUAACCCCCAAAUCCUCAACUCCUUCCCUGCACUGUGGCAGUGUGCGGACUGCUAGACCCAGAGUUCUCCCCACCAUUAAGCAGACUCCUCUGGAAUCUCAAGCCGAUGUUGUGAACGUCCGCUGUCUUAGCUGGAGGGGAAGAACAGGAGGAGAGCUUGGAAUCAAACUAAAAGUGCUCGGGCUUACCAGGUUUUAGAACCACAAGAAGAGUGGUCAGUUCCCCUGGAGACCUUGAGAGCCGGAGUGCUAAGCAGCCUUUUCGAUCAAGCUGGACAGCUGGGAUACCACGGAAGGUUUGAAGUCUGUAGAGGGUUUUCUAAACAUUCAUUCGAGUCACUCCACAGACACAUGUUUCCUGAUCACCGUCUGCAUUUCCCUGCCAGUUGCACUCUCGUGUAAUGGGUCAAGGCUGUGUGUGUACUUUCCUGUCUGGACUUUACCCUUUGGUGCUUAGCGUGGAUUCUUUGCUGAAGGACUGACGUUGCUUCUCUCGGGUCUCACCUGAAUGGAGACUCUGGAGUGCUUUCAAGUAGGAAGGUUGAGCCUUUAUUCACACUUUGUUUUUCCAGGGUUGUUUGCAAAACAUUUGGACAAAAGCGUAUUGUUGUUCCUAAAUCUCUUCCACACUUGUCACCUUUAUCGGUUGUUUCUUAUGUGGGUUCAGUGGGGAGCAAGGCUGGGGUACUCUUGAGUUGUCUGCCAUGUGGCUUAUGUGCAGCUUUUCCUUUGUGUGGGACUCCCCCAGGGGGCAGUGGUCCUGGGCUAUUGUGAAGUGCUUUCUGCAGCCCCGGGUCCAUGAGGCUUUUCUCCUGUGCCCCACCCAACACACCCACAUCUGAGAAUGCCUGCACUUCACUUUAAAACAGUCACCCCAUCUCUCAUGAGAGGAAUCAGCACGCUGAGGUUCAGAGUUAGGCAGACUGUCAGAGUUGGAUCUCACUUUGACCGCAGCAGGACGAUGACUGUGGGGUUGCACUGAUCUUGGCCCUAACACAAAACGUGAAGCUUCAUGGCAUGCCUGGGAGGCUCAGUCGGUUAUGUGUCUGACUCUUGAUUUCAGCUCAGGUCAAGAUCCCGGGGUUGUGAGAUAGAUCCGGGGUUGGGCUCCACAUUGGGCUCUCUCUCAGCCCCUCCUCCCUUCCUCGGGUGGG